AUGAACACCGACUACCCGCAGUUUCUUGAUGCAGUUGUCUCUUAUGCCUUAAAAGCGGCACAAGGGCCUACCUCUGUCCCUUCAAACAUCCAUCCCCAGUUCGCUGAAGAGGUCGACCAUCUGAUCCACAUUGUCAAACUAGCACAGAAGAACAGAUACGUUGUACCCUGGGACAUGCGCACCUACUAUGCAGCGGUACAAGGGCAAAACGGUACAAACGCAGUGCGAGAGGCCAUACUUCGGCGACAGUUCAUUCCCAUCCACGAGAGCCUAAGCAACCCAUCUGUGAUAGAGGAUACCACUGGCUCAAUAGUAGGCUACUAUCUUCCUGAUGCCAUUUUGGAAGGAGCAAUCAAGCAGAGCAUGCCCAUCUUAGGUCCGACCUUCCGUGAGAAUUGGGGCGGUACUUCACGCGGUACUGGCGGUACUGGCGGUACUGGCGGUACUGGCGGGUCCUGGCGGGAUGCCGCACGUCUGUUUCUACCAGCAGACCAGAGCAAGGCGUUUGGACGAGGCAAUGUAUCUGCAUCACCUGCCUGGCAGAUGCAAGGCCAUUCAGGCUUUGAAGAUUCCAUUCACGUAGCAGCCAACUACGGCCCAGGUCCAGGUCUCAAGGCCAAUCGUCCAACCAGCGGUCAGCUCGCAUUUCAGCAGUUUAUGCGGAACCAGCUAGAGACAGGCUGUCUCAUGAGCGUCGCACUCGCACUCACACAUCCUGAGCAAUAUGCGCUGACACGUGCUGGGCUUGAGAAGCUCUAUGAGUUUGAGCACAUAUGUGAUCGGGUCAGCGAGUGGGCCUUCGCAUUCAAUGUGCUUACCAUUGUUGCCAAUCGGGAGUCGACGUGGCAUCGCGAUAGGCUCAGUGGGGGCCUGGAGUGGUUUGAUGCUCUCUUGAGCAUUGGUGGUGAUGACAACACAGUUCUGGAGCUCCCUGGCGUUGGUAUCCGGAUGCAGUACACGUCAGGAACCAUGGCAUUGUACUCUGGCCAUACCCAUGUUCAUGGCGUUAGCAGUUUCACAUUCACACUCCCAGGUUUGCCACACAUGUGA